AACUUGACUUGUAAAUAUAUCUACUGAUGUUCCUGUCGGCACAGCGACUACGGAAGCAGCACUCGGCUAGUGUAAGUUGCUGAAGAUUCAUGCCCUUCUUAAGCCUUUCUUCAGUAACUUUAGUUUAGUAACCUGCACAGUGAAUGCAUGGAUGGAGUUAAUAUUUCUGAAAUGAGGAUAUAGAGGGUUUACGAGCAGCUCUGCGUUUUAGCCUAGCCGAGCUGAGCUACUGUAACUGUAUCAGCUGACAUCACAUUUGAAUUAUAACUUAAGGUUCCUUAAGUUAAGUUUCCUUAAGUAAACACUUGCUUCCACGUCCUGACAUGGAGUCAUGUGGAGUGGUUGGCACUGUUCUUGGAUGCUCUGCAGGCAUCGUGGUUGCUGGACUGGUGUUUGCAGCCUACAAACUUGGUUUACUUUACCAGUUGUUCCACAAGACUGAGAUAAAGAGCCCUCGCCAUGGUGGUGAGAGUGUGGCAGAGGUCCUCCGCGCCCACGGGGUCAAGUAUGUUUUCACCCUUGUUGGUGGACACAUCUCUCCAAUUCUAGUGGCAUGCGAGAAGCUGGGCAUCCGCAUUGUGGACACCAGACACGAGGCUACUGCUGUCUUUGCUGCUGAUGCUGUGGCAAGACUCUCAGGCACAGUUGGAGUAGCAGCAGUGACUGCCGGCCCAGGCCUUACUAACACAGUGACAGCUGUAAAGAAUGCUCAGAUGGCUGAAUCUCCAUUGCUGCUUAUGGGGGGAGCUGCUGGUACACUACUUCAGGGCAGAGGAGCGCUGCAAGACAUCGAUCAAAUGUCUCUCUUCAAACCCCUGUGCAAGUUCUGUGCCUCCAUCAGGACUAUCAGGGAGAUCGUGCCCACUGUCAGGAAAGCCCUGGCCAUCGCCCAGUCAGGGACUCCUGGUCCUGUUUUCAUUGAGUUCCCCAUCGACACGCUGUACCCCUUCCAUCUUGUGUCCAAAGAGUUUGGAGUGAAGAACCCUCCUAAAGGUCUGAUGGGGAAAAUUGUUACAUGGUACCUCAAUAAUCAUCUCAUGGAUCUAUUUGCUGGAGCCUGGGAGACCAGAGACGUGUCCCCCCUUCCUGUAGACAUCCCACAAGCUACAGACGAUCAGGUACAAAAGUGCAUAGAGCUGGUAAGUCGAGCCAAGAAGCCUGUGAUCCUGCUGGGCAGCCAAGCAACAUUACCCCCAACACCCGCUGAUGACAUCAGGAAAGCAUUGGAGGACCUUGGUAUCCCCUGCUUCCUUGGGGGUAUGUCCCGUGGUAUGCUGGGAAAAGACAGUCCCAUUCACAUCAGACAAAACAGGCGAGACGCUCUGAAGGAUGCAGACUUGGUGCUCUUAGCAGGCACUGUGUGUGACUUCCGCCUGAGCUACGGCAGAGUUCUUAACAGACGCAGUAAAAUCAUUGCUGUCAACAGAGAUAAGACACAGCUGCUGAAAAACUCAGAUAUGUUCUGGAAACCAACCGUAGCAAUUCAGGGUGAUGCUGGUUCAUUCUUAAUGAGACUUUCCAAAGGCCUGAAGGGUCAUCGCUGCCCGGAGGAAUGGCCUCAGAGCCUCAAAGCAGGAGACACAACCAAAGAAAAUACAAACAGGUCUAAAGCUGAUGAGAAGACAGACCACCACUUGAAUCCCUUGAAAGUGCUCCACCGCGUGGACGAGCUGAUGUCAGAGGACAGCAUCAUUGUCGCAGAUGGAGGAGAUUUCGUUGGAAGCGCUGCUUACAUAAUGAGACCAAGAGGACCUAUGCGCUGGCUGGAUCCUGGUGCCUUUGGAACCCUGGGAGUUGGAGGAGGAUUUGCGCUUGGGGCAAAACUGUGCCGGCCGGACUCUGAGGUGUGGAUAGUGUACGGUGAUGGGUCCUUAGGUUACAGUGUUGCAGAGUUUGACACAUUUACCAGACACAAGACACCAGUUAUAGCUGUGGUGGGGAAUGAUGCAUGUUGGAGUCAAAUAUCCAGAGAGCAGGUCCCCAUUCUGGGCAGCAACGUUGCAUGUGGCCUUGCAUUCACAGAUUAUCAUAUAGUGGCUGAUGGGUAUGGUGGUAAGGGCUACCUUGUUGGACGAGAGGACGAGGACAGGCUCAGCGACAUCAUCAGCCAGGCUCAAAGGGAAAGCAAAGAGGGCAAGGCUAUACUUCUCAAUGUUCUCAUAGGAAAGACCAACUUUAGAGAAGGCUCUAUCUCUGUAUGAAAAUGCUGUCAUUUCUCAGAACAGUCUAUUCUUCUUCCUCUCCUUCUUCCUCUUCUUCUUCUUGUAGCUUUAGCUUUUCAUAGACUGUCGGUCUCUAUGAAUGGUUUUAAGAAGUUGAAAAUACUGUUGGAAAACUGUAGAGCUCGUCCCUGACAAGAUCUAUGCGAAUCCUUUUUUUAAGCCAUAUUUAAAUCUGAUACCCUUUAAAAGUCUAUGAGUUGUCAGUUCAAAAAUAAAAUGUACUUCCCCCAUGAGACCACUCAAAAAAAAUAUUAGUAAUAAAUCUGCAAAAUUCAGUCAGGACUACAACAUGGCUAUAUCUUAAAACUGCAGUGUUCCUAAUAGUUAUCAUGAGAAUGCAAAGCCACUUAAUUUAAUGCAAUAUAUCCUUAAAACAAUACUAUUAAUAUUAAACUAUUUUCUGCCAGCCCUGAAUCUGAAGUCUUUGUUAUGCAUCAUAUCUAUAUGUUCAUGUUGUAGUGCAGAAGAGAUUUGCUGCAUUUGAAGAAGUGUUAAAAGAAAACACUUGCUUUGUUUCAGGACUUUUCAUCUUAAAGGGCUUUAGGUUGGAUUUUUCAUAUUCAAGCAACCUGUUAUAACUUAAGAUAACUCUUGCAAAUAAACCAUUGUUACAAAAUCAUUUUUGAGAGAGCAGUGGUUUAACUUCUCAAAUUCAACCACAAUGCCUUUCCUCCUUAUACAAAAUGACAGAGAGCCUUUUAAUUAGGGAAACAUGAAAAAUCUUACAGGUGCAAUAUUCUUAAUCAGAUGGUGAUUAGGGACAAAAAUGUGACACUAUUUUCUGGAAUGUUUCAGAUUGAAUAAGUAUGCCUUAUAUUAUUUGAUUGUAUCUGUCAAUACUUUGAUAUGUAAAUGUAAUGAAAAUAUGUCGUCUGAUUCGGUUCUGUAUUCAAAUGAUUUAAAGCACUGACUUCCAUGAGUUAAUUGGGUCGUCAGCUAAAAUAGGCCUAUACACAAUAUGUGUUGCACUGUAAUAUUUAACAUGUUCUCACCAGGUACAAUUGUGUGGAUCAUCUCACAUAUAUGCUGUGUUGCUGUUUUUGUAUGUGAGGGAGUGUUUUAAACUAUUGAUCAUGGAAUUUUGAUUUGUUUCAAAUAAAUAGGUGGGGUUCUAGAUGAUCUAAAUACAUAAUACUGGACACUU